CAAGCUAAUGUCUGGUGUGUUAUAACAUUGCAUUUACCGGCAGUGCGUGAACAGACGUUGUCAACUGCAGGAAGACGAGAGUCGCUUUACUGUAGGCUUCGUUCAGUCAGUAAACAUGGGUGAGCAAAAACGUGAUGACAACUACUACCACGACCUAGCCAAACAAACAGUAGCAACAUGUCGAGGAUAUUACAACGAUGACAGCGGUUGGGAGGUAGCAAAGAAGACGAAAGACAUCCUUAUUGAGUACAAGAAUUCUAAGGAGUUUAGUGGCCAUUUAUACCGUGGUCAGAGCGAGUUCAACUGCCCGCCAGAUGUGGUGUUUCAGUACGUUGACCCAUUGCCAGGCAACUCAUUCAGAAUGAAGUGGGACAAGGCUAUGAAAAAGAUCGAGACAAUCAGGGAAAUUAACGAGGAUCUAAGAAUCAACAGAACAUGUACAGACAGUGCCUGCAUGGGUUUGAUAUCCCCACGUGACUUUGUGGAUUGUAUUCUGACAGUACGAGAAGACACCUUCAUAUCUACUAAUGGUGUAAGCGUUUCCUGUGAUGACGAGUGUCCGCCCCAGGACAAGUAUGUCCGAGGAUGGAACUACUCCUGUGGAAUGCUGUGCCAGAAGUUUCCAGAUAAACCAAAUCAUACAAAACUGGUGACCUUGAUACAGCCGGAUAUAAAAGGGAUGCUACCCAAGAAGCUAGUGGAUUCCGCCAUCCCCGGUUCUAUGGUCGACUUCUUCGCGAACCUCCGAGCUUGUCUGAAGGAAGAUGGGAAGUUGGUGGGAUGAGUGUCAGUUCACUGGGGCACUGAAGACUUAUGUCAGAUAUACAAGUAUGAGAAACUAGGUUGAUCCACGUGCAUUUUAUCGUCAGCCAUACUUUCACACAAUGUUGGUGUGAAUCAAGUGUUUUGUUAUUUUAACUGCUGGAAAAUUAUUUUUUCAAUUAUUGUUGAAUGCAGGUACAAAUUUAUGUUUUAAAGUUUUGGGGUAUCUUUGUUGGCUUAAAUAUCUUGAAGUCAUUCUGUUGGGUAUGGCAUCUUGAAUACACAUUUCAACUAAGUGCUGUGCACUUUAGUAGUGUGGAGUUUGGGAAUUACACAAUGUAUUUAGUGAGUCAAGUUUGUCAAAAUAUCUAAAGAUUCAGUGUUACAAUGUUGACCAGAAACUAUUCAUCCAGAACCCCUGAAUUAUUAAAAAAACAACUUUGUCUGAAAACCCCAGAUAUGCAUAGAAUACAGGGUUUAUGAAUCUUGAAAAUUAUUAUACAUGUGUAGUUGAAGAUUUCACUUUUAAGUGUUGUCCUGAUUAGCAAGGUUUCACUGUGUGAAGAGGAACUUAAGUGGCACUAAAGGUUUUUGCAAGAAAAGAUUAUUAGAAGCCAUUGAAGUCUAGUCUGUUGAGUAAUAAUUCCUUUCAUGAAACUGUUGUCAUCGUAGAGUUACCUCCCUUUUAUCACAGAUUACCAAAUGUAUUGAUGCCAAAUAAAUCAAUAGCCAAAACCAAGUGGACCAAAAACAUCUGGGUAACAACAGACACUUACUGUGAUAUGUCUUAUAACAUUAAUUCCAGUUUCUUGAAUUCAAGAUGGGAAGUCAUAUCAACAUGAGUUGAACCGUUGUGUUUAGACGAUCAGUAUACUUAUAUGAUCACCUCAUGAAAGUCACACAAUAUUCAGUCAUUUUGCCAAGUUUAUAUGAUUGCAAAGUAUAUUUUUGAAAUGGCUAGAUUAUAUGUACCUUCAGUGCUAUGAGACCCAUGAAUAUAUUGUCUAUCUGGCAUAUUCUUCUGCAAAUCCCCAUGUAAAAACUAAUAUUGGUACACAUGAACCUUAGACAUACAAUUUACCAUCAAGCAUAUUUAGAAAAAUAUACUUUGGAGAAAUAAUAUUGUUGAAAUAUCAUCAAAGCAAUUUAUGAAGCAUCUAAGCUUUCAAAAGCAUUAUUAUAUGCGUUGAUGGUGUGUUGUAUGUCAAAUGAGGGUUGAACAACUAGUCCAUUUCGUAUCUGUCCACUUUGUGCUGUUUUUAUGUAUACAUGUAAGUCUUAAUGUAAUGUUCGGAAUAUUGGUUAAUUAUGGGAAUUAUUUAUCUUACAAUUGAAAUAUCUACAAGUUGAAGCCUUACCUGAAAGAGAAUGUGUGGGAGCUUGAAAACCCACACACAUACAUGUCUUCUACAACAUGCCUGGUUGUAGGUGAUUACUGUAAGUGAUGCUCGGGACAGUGGGGUAGUCUAGUGGUUAAAGUGUUUACUCGUCAUGCCAAAGACCCAGGUUUAAUUCCCCACAUGGGUACAAUGUGUGAAGCCCAUUUCUGGUGGCCCCCACCGUGAUAUUGCUGGAAUAAUGCUAAAAGCGGUUCAUCCAGUCAGUCAUGGGACUUGAAUGUCUGAGACAUUGUCCUAAACAACUUGUGGUAUGUGAUUUCAUCUGUCAUAUUUUCAAAUACCAUACCAAUUCUCCUUGGUUACAAUGUAAAUGUUUAGUGCUGUCAUUUGGUAAAUUCUUCAUGGACCUAGGUACACAUCCUUCAUACUGGAAUGGAGUGUAUACAAGCCCUUGAAGCAAUAUUGAUCAACUCCUCCUGGCUGAACUAAUAACCAUGAAACGGAAUAUUAAUAUACAGAAAUGUAAUUGUAGAUUUCCGAUAUACUUUAAAUUAAAGUGUGUUUACAUAUAUUUCUGUAAUUGUACAUAAAUAUCAUUUUGUAGUGUUUGUAGAUGUAGGAGUAGGUCUCUCAAGUCAGUCUUGUAUGUAUUACCUAGUCUUUGUUCAAGUAACUAGUUUGCUGCAAAGAGUUACCACCCUUACUAUGCCAGGAUCCUCUAUCAUGUAUCCAAACCUAGAUUCACUCCAGUUAUGAUCCUUUAAGUCUGUCAGCAUGCUCAUGGGUUUCGUGAAAAUGUUUAGAGUUGAAUAUUAAAUAUUUGAUUCUUUUGGAUAUCUUAUACUAAAGGACACAGAGGUGGUCCAGUCAUCUUGUGCUUUGAGUUGGCUCCCUCAGUCUUGCCAGGAUCUGCUGGUCCACCUUGAUUCUGAUCUUUGCUUUCAGCACCACACCUAUGUUGCUUGGUGAUAUAUCCUUCAUUACAUCAGACCUUAUUGCAAAUAUGCAGCCAAAAUAUAUAGAAAAUUUCUUCUCCAAGUCACAUCACACUGUUUGACUUCUCCUAUAUGAAGAUUCCAAGGGAUCCCAGUGUCACAGAGAUUGGUCAUACCUUGACAGCUCACAUUGCUGUCAUUUCUCAUGAUAUUCUGUAAGUUUACUACAUGUAAAGCUUUCAUUGUGAGGCUUCCUGUAAGUAAUUUUAAUGCAUUAAAAACUUUACAAUCAUGAAGUCAAAGUUCUAUGAAGUCUAUGGAAUAUGUACCUAUUCAGUAUAUUGUAGAUAGAUCCUUAACUUAUGUACAUCAAGCACAACCUUGUACCAUAGAAAUAUUUCAACCAUAUUUUUAGAUGCUCAGAAGUAAUAUUUAUUUUGAGUAUUUAUCAAUUCAAAUAUAAGUGGCAAAUGUGCAUAUCUGUAAAUUAAUCAAACUGUAAGUACUUCAUAGUGUAUGGAUAAGAAGGUGUUGCUUUAAAUCUUUAUGCUUUCCAAACUGGCACACUUUACUUGUUACAGUCACGCCACUGUUUCAGUGUUGGAAGUUACACAUCAAAGCUUAGGGGUUGCAGCCUUAACUCUGUGUUGAGAAGUACAGAUUUAGUGGUUCCCUAGUUACCAAAACUAUUUUGUGAGGGACCAGUUCAAAGGUUACAUGCUGGAUUAAAAACUUAAUCAUCUAGAAAUCAGUUAUCUUGUUGGAUAGAAAACCAUUAAUGGGCCAAAUUCACCAACCCUUAAUUUAGGGAAUCAACAUUUAUCUGACCUCAACUUUUGAUCUAGUCCCUUAAGUAUUUCAGUUGCUCAAUUAUACAUUAUAAAAUAAUUCAGCUUUAAGGUACCUUAAGACUUUGGGAUCAAGGCUUAUUUUUAUAUACUGUCAUGCUAUGUCAAUGGCACAGCCUUAACCAAAUAUACAAGGACAAUUAUGAGGGAGAAAGAGGUAGUAAGGGAUUUUAAGAAGUGAAACAUUACCCCCCAAAACGUAUCUUUUCAAAAGGAUGGAAUUAAAAAAUAGUAAAUUAAUGUGACCACUAUUUACAUAAUGUUAGCACCUUCUGUGUUUAGAGGCGCUUGAACUGCAGCUGAACUUCCGUGAAUAUAGUGAAACUGCUUUCUCUCUCAUGUACUAGUAUGUGGUAUGCAUUCGGACGGUCUUGUAUUAUUCUUCAACUGGAAGGAAGUAACUCUGGUAUCAAAGUAUGUCAGCUACCACAGCUCAAAUGAUUUACACAAGAUGUCUGAAGUAACAAGAAAAUUUUAGGAAUAGUGAUUACAAAUCGUAUUCCUUAUAUCAUUAGUUACAUAUUGAUGAACAUGUGGAAUUUGAAAUACACGAAAUUGCAAAAUUGUUUUCUUUUUAAAUGUUCGCUUGCAAUUUGUUUUAUUUUCAGACAGUGCUAGUUUUCAUUCCUUAUGGUAUUCACAUUUUCAGUAGUUUUCAAUUAAAUACUGAAACACUGUAUAGAUUUUGUUACCAUUCAAAUACUGUAUGUGGCAUUGCUUGAUGAGACAUCAGGGCAUCCCAUGGGUAUCCCAUGGCAUACCCAUCCCUGGCAUACUUCACUACUUGAUCUAGUGAGUUAUUUGUGCUACGGUCUGUAGUGCGCAGUCUGUUCAGGUACUUUUGUCACAGGCUGUAGAGUGUCGUCACCAUUCACAAGCCCAGAGGACCACUGUCGAACUUAUUCAAUGUUAAACAUUGUCAAAUAUUGGGGAUGAAACGAUACAUCAGUGUACAUCUACAUCAUGAUGUUUAAUGCAUUCAUACAAUACACUACUCAAAUAAACCACAAGCUACUCUAUAUAUGAUCCCCAGCAAUUUUGUCAGUCAGAUAUCGAAACAUGUUUAGUAAUUAGCAUUCAUAAUUUAAAAAUAGCUGCGACUAACAAGUUUCUUCGUGUAGUUUUUCCAGUUGUACCCGAUUUAAAAUAAUUGUAAUCCUGAAGUUUCCACACCAUUAGAUGUGAAGAUGUGUAUCGAUCAUGGUGUUAUGGUACAUAUCGUAUCAUGAUUUUGCUGUAUCGUUUCAACCCUAUCAAAUAUGGAACAAUAAAUGUGGCUGUGAAACAAA